UUAAACUCAUGAUUUACGAGUUUAUCAGUCUGUAACUUUUUAGUUUCAGAGCCUUUUUCGGGGAACCUGUUCAUGAGGUCGCAAGUUUGAUGCAUAAUCCAAAUUUUAAAGUAAGAAUCUUUGGGAAGAAGCUCUCUCUCUUGAUCAUCCAUGGAAGCCACAAAGCCGCUAGUAAAUACGACGACCGCCAAACUUAAGCUAGCGGCUCUUUUAUGGCUCGAGGGUUUCAAGGAGGCCUGUUGUCUUCAUCGCGUUGUAAUUCUGUGUUCAAGGUCUAGGAAGCUUUUGGUGCGGACCGGGCAGUGCUUUCUCUUAAAUGGUUUGAUUUUCUUAGGAAGUUUAUUCGUCCUGAACUCAGUUGUCAUCCCGACAUUGCAGUGGAUAUUGCCUGAUCAGUGCUCACAGUUCAGUUCUCGUAAAUUGUGCGGCUUUGGUGGCAUUUUGAAAUUUUAUUCUUUCUUACGUCGUGGACUCAUUCAUUUCUUUUAUGUCUUUUGGUUUUACCCAUUAUAUGUGUUCAGCAUAAUUUUAAGCGCUAUCUGGUACAAUGACAUUGCCAAGCAUGGGUAUGACGCUAUAGAUAGAUCCAAGUCUCCUGCAGAGGAAGGUUCCAGCCAAACUAAAUCAUCGGAUAAAGCAAAUGCUUCCAACAUCAAAAGGCUUUCUGGCUUGGGACGGUUCAUGAUUGAGACUGGAGAGCUGGUUUACUCAAUAAUCCUUUUGAGUGUAUUCUUUCUCAAGGUCUAUGCUACAGGUUUCAUACCUUUCAUAGGGAAGAUGCUCAAUUUUUUACUUCUUUCCUGGAUGUAUGCAUAUUACUGCUUCGAGUACAAAUGGAAUUUUAAUAAAGUUCCUUUGGACAAAAGACUGGACUACUUUCAGUCCUCCUGGGCAUUUUUUUCUGGGUUUGGAAGCCCCUGUGUUUUGGCUAUAUUUUUUUUCUCGCCACUUGUCAGUUAUGGGAUUAUGGCUAUUCUUUUCCCACUGUUUGUUUUAACUGCGACUGGGUCCAAGGUUGAUCAAGAAAUAUCAUUUGAAAAAAGCAAAUGGAGAGGCGUAAGAAUGGGACGGCUUCCAAUAUUUCAUAUUGCACAUAAAGUGUCGAUGUGGAUGUUAUCUUUGCUUCCCUUGGAGAAUAAAGACCGGACAAAAGACAACAAAGCUCAAUGAUAUAUAAAGUGCUUUACGACAAGCGGAUGGGUGGGAUGCUGUGCUAUGGCGUGUGCAUGCCGCAUUACUAAGAUUCAUCUUCUUUUCGUUUUAAUGAGAAGAACCAUCCUUCUCUUUGUAUAUCCUUGUAUUGAAGAUUUCUUUUGGGCCGGACGAUAUUAUUUGUACAGUGUCAACUAGAUGUUUUUGGUGGAAACUGAUGGAGAAGAGUUCUUUGAUUGAUUCCAAGUUAAUGACUUAUGAGGCUUAAUACUCACAAAACAAUGUGCAACUCUUCCAUU